GAAGAGGGCACUGCGGACUUGUCUCUUCAUCUAAUUUUGCGAAGAAAAAGAGGUUCGCGGCUACUGGAAAAUACUAAAUAUAUCUAAUAAGUACACUUUUAUACAACCAAAUAGUAGACAAUAUUUUUUCCUUUCGCAAUGGAGUAACUGUUUAAGGAAUGACCCGUGGGGGAGUAAAUCGACCGUGACUUUUUGCAGGAGGAGAAAGUAGCUCCCUUUGCCAACAAGGCAAUUGUUGCUGUGUCUACGCUGGGUAGCGGAUCACUACGGAUAUUUUUAAAAGGAUAGAUACAUUUACGUAUGUUGCCUCGGCAAUAAAUCACGAGGAGAAGAUGGACCUGAAACUACUUCUGAUAUCAACAUUGUUAGGAGUCAUUUGUUACAGCAGUGCUCAGCAAGAAGGGAACGAGUGCAUCAAGGCCAAUGCCAAAUCCUGUGGGGAGUGUAUUCAAGUGGGAGCGAAAUGUGGAUGGUGCACAGACCCAGAGUUUCUUAAGCAGGGCGAGGCCACGUCGACCCGCUGUGACGAGCUGGAGUCCCUGAGGAAGAGAGGUUGCGAUGACGCCAAGGUAGAGAACCCCCGAGGCAGCCAGCUGGUCCUGAAGAACAAGGCUGUGACCAACCGCAACAAGGGAGCAAAGAAACUAAGACCAGAGGACAUCACACAGAUCCAGCCCCAGAAACUCACCCUUAGCCUCAGAUCCGGUGAACCCCAGUCUUUUAAUCUGAAGUUCAAACGAGCUGAGGAUUACCCCAUCGACCUCUACUACCUGAUGGACCUCUCCUACUCAAUGAAGGAUGAUCUGGAAAAUGUAAAGAACCUGGGAACACAGCUGAUGCUGGAGAUGUCAAAGAUCACAUCUGAUUUCAGAAUCGGUUUUGGUUCCUUCGUUGAGAAGACUGUGAUGCCUUACAUAAGCACCACCCCAGCCAAGCUGCUGAACCCCUGUACUGGGGACCAGAACUGCACCAGUCCAUUCAGCUAUAAGAACGUCCUGAAGCUGACCAGCAAUGGACAGGAGUUCAACACCCUGGUGGGACAACAGCAGAUCUCUGGAAACCUGGACUCACCAGAGGGAGGCUUUGAUGCCAUCAUGCAAGUGGCUGUCUGUGGUGAGCACAUUGGCUGGAGGAACGUCACCCGUCUGCUGGUGUUUUCCACUGAUGCUGGCUUCCACUUCGCUGGAGAUGGGAAACUGGGAGGGAUUGUUCUGCCCAACGAUGGGAAAUGCCACCUGGAGAACAACAUGUACACCAUGAGCCACUACUAUGACUACCCCUCCAUCGCCCAUCUGGUUCAGAAACUAAGUGACAACAACAUCCAGACAAUCUUUGCCAUCACAGAGGAGUUCCAGCCUGUUUACAAGGAGUUGAAGAAUCUCAUUCCUAAGUCUGCAGUGGGGACACUCUCUGCAAACUCCAGCAACGUUAUCAACCUCAUUAUUGAUGCCUACAAUUCUCUUUCCUCAGAGGUGAUUCUGGAGAACACUAAGCUAGCAGAGGGAGUUACCAUCACGUACCAGUCACGCUGCAAGAACGGAGUGACUGGUGAGGGAGAGAUGGGAAGAAAAUGCUCAAACAUCUCCAUUGGAGACGAGGUGUCUUUCACCAUAAACAUCACAGCUAAGCAGUGUCCUAAGAUGGGCAAACCAGAGACCAUCAAGAUCAAACCCCUAGGGUUCACAGAGGAGGUGGAGAUCGCUCUGAACUUCAUCUGUGAAUGUGACUGUCACAAAGACGGCACUGAGAACAGUGAAAUCUGCCACAACGGUAACGGGACAUAUGAAUGUGGAGCCUGCAGGUGCAACGAGGGCCGUAUAGGUAGACAUUGUGAGUGCAGCACCAACGAAGUGACCAGUGAAGACCUGGAUAAGAACUGUCGUAAAGACAACGGUACAGACAUCUGCAGCAACAACGGAGACUGUGUGUGUGGAGCCUGCGAGUGUAAGAAGAGGGAGAACCCAGAGGAACGCUACAGUGGAAAGUUCUGCGAGUGUGACAACUUUAACUGUGACCGCUCCAACAACAAACUCUGCGGAGGACAUGGACGUUGUGAGUGCAGGGUGUGUAUCUGUGAUGCCAACUGGACGGGCAGUGCCUGUGACUGUUCUCUGGACACCACAACCUGCCUGGCCUCUAACAAGCAGAUCUGUAAUGGCCGGGGCACCUGUGAGUGUGGCACCUGCAAGUGCACUGACCCCAAGUUCCAGGGGCCUACCUGUGAGAUCUGUCCCACCUGUCCAGGAGUCUGCGCAGAACACAAGGAGUGUGUUCAGUGCAGGGCCUUUGGGACGGGGGAGAAGAAGGAGAUGUGUGAGAGGGACUGUAGCUACUUCAACCUGAUCAAGGUGAAGGACCGAGACAAGCUGCCCCAGCCAGGACAGGCCUUCCCCCUGAUGCACUGUAAGGAGAGGGAUGCCAAUGACUGCUGGUUCUACUAUACCUACGCUGUCAACAACAACACAGAGAAGGAGGUCCAUGUGGUGGAAACACUAGACUGCCCUGCGGGCCCGGACAUCAUCCCCAUCGUGGCUGGCGUUGUGGCGGGCAUUGUGCUGAUCGGCCUGGCUUUGCUGCUCAUUUGGAAGCUGCUCAUGAUCAUCCACGACAGGAGGGAGUUCGCCAAGUUUGAAAAGGAGAAGAUGAAUGCUAAAUGGGACACGGGAGAAAAUCCCAUCUACAAGAGUGCUGUUACGACGGUGGUCAACCCCAAAUAUGAAGGCAAAUGAUGGAGUUUCAGUUCUCCCAGAACAACACUGUAUGCAAAUAUAGUUCUAGGGCAUGAGAGGUAUACGGUGGGGGGGGGGGGGUAAUUUUUGUCUUUGGUCAUUUCUUCUUCUUGUCGCUUCAGUAUUAUAACGUUACAUUUGGCCACUACAUGUGGUCUUCUUACUAACAGUUUAUUUUCUAUGCAAUCAUUGUCUUUUAAAAUGUACAGUUAGUUGUUAUGUGUAUAUACUUUAAGGUGCUUUUUUAUUUCUUGAAGAAUUGGUUAGAAAUAAGGAUUUUGCCACGGGACUGGUAUGGGCCAUGGGUUGUGCCUUUCAGAGACCAUACCCAUAUGGGCACAGAGAGUGCUCUCUUUCUCUUCAUGGACUUGUUAUUAUUUUGCCAGUGAGUGUCAGGCAGCACCUGAGACUAAAGCAUACCAAUAUUUUGCAUUGUGGCUGUGAAGUAUUUUUUUCAACCAUAGGGUACAUAUGUAGUAAACAUUGAUUUUGCCUUGCAAUAGACUAGCAUCCUGUUCAGGGGGUGUACUUGUACAUCAACCUGCCUCACACUACAGAAACAGGAGAUGGGCUCCUGUCAUAUGGGCCGUUCUGGCUCAGACAGGGCUACAUACUUAUUAAUUUGGAUAAAUGAGUCAUCCAUCAAGCCUGAUUGCAAGAAUCUGGAUUCAUCAUUUGGGGUAGUUUUUAAAGAUCACAUCAAUUACAUUCAUUGUUAAUCAUGGAAAAUCAUUGAAUGAUUCUAACAUAGUCAUCAGGUAACAUGUGCAUCCCAAAUGGCACCCAAUUCUGUUUAUAGCGUGCUACUUUUGACCAACACCCUAUAGGCCCCCUGGUCAAAAGUAGUGCACUACAUGGAAAAUAAGGUGCUACAUUUGGGACGCAUUCCAUGUAAUGUGUGCAGAUGUGCUAAGAACUAAUACAUGGGAAGCAUUGAUGUUUGGAUGUUAAAGGUUAUUACACUAUUGAUGAGAACAGGUUUUGCCUUGCAAAAGGACUGAAAAGAUAAAUGAAUGAUUUCAUAAAACUGUCAUAAACAGGCUAUUUUAAAGGGAUUGAAAACCACUUGUAUUAAUGGGAUAAAGAAAUGUAAAUCACUUAAUUACAUAAUCAAUUGACAUGCAUUUGUGACAAAAUUAGAAGUUUCAUUUAUUUUUAGUAUACUUUAGUUUUAUUCUAUAAUAUUUCAGUAUUCAACCUCAGGUCCUUUUCUGUACUCAUUACUAGCAAAGCCAAAUAUCUGCCUUCUUUGCAAAGCCUUAUUCCAUGUGUUUCAUGUUGAUCAAUGUUAAACAAAUUGUAAACUUUGUUCUGAAGACAUACCGAUUGAUACAAGUUAGCUUGUUUUAAUCUGUUGUUUACCCCUUUUGAAAUUAUUGGGCUGGGGUAACCCCUCAUCUGCAGUGAUUGUGUAAAAUCAGUAUUAAGUGAAAGGCUUCUUGGAAUUGUUUUAAAAUACAAAAACUCCUCAAUACCACAUCUUGUUUUUAAAGUGCCUUUUAUUUCAAUACUAUGUUAACUUUUCCCAAUGCUGUUUCUGAAUUUAUUUAUUAAAUAAGUACCUAAAUGA